CUGUCAGAAAUGUUAAAGUUUUUCAACUCGAUUUUCAAAUAAUAAAUAAUGUAGCAAAGUCACACUGACAGUAUAAAUAAAUAUACUUUUUAUCAACGUUAAUUAUAAAAUUAAAUUUAUAACUCGAUGUUUAGUAAAUUUGAAAAUAAUAUAUAUUAACAUUUAUGUCAAGUAAAACGAGUGUGCACGUAAAAGAGAAGAGCUCGCCGGCUCACUCAGUCUACUGGAAGAUUCCAUUGUGAGAGGGUUUAAAAAAUUAUUUCUGUGCAAAAUAGUGGAUUUAUUAUUUUAGACAACAAGUACUGCAAGUACAUGACAUAUCACGAAAUCGAUUCCUGCACUCAAGCGAGAAGUGAAGUAGAGAAGAACAAAGAAACAUUGAAUUAAGAAGAAAUAUUAGGGGAUAUGUUUGGGAUAAUAAACUCUCUUCAAGGUUCAAAAUGAAAGAUUACGAGAUCAUAAUUUGGCCAAAGCUCACAUCAUCGUCCGGGAGUGGCUUGACAUGUUGGCAAGCCCAGAUCAUUGGGAGAACAGCAAGGAGGGAAGACAACACAAGUGUAAUCCAAUUAAGUGCAAAAAUCAAGGCAACAGAAAUGAUCCAAGUGUGAAUUCCACAAAAUGUGCAGACCAUCAGAGUUAUUAUAAUUACCAUCGUAAAAAUCGAAGACGUUUUUUAAAAAGCUACAAAACCGAAAAUUUUUUUCUCGAAAGCCCAACUCCACAUGAUCCACAUCCUUCAUUCCAAGAAGAUAUUAUCAAAGAUUCUGUUGACAAUCUCAUUUCCAAGACUGCUAAUGAUAGUUGUUUACAGUUUUCAUCUUUAGAUGAAAAUAAAUUUGAUAGCCAGGAUUUAAAUUCCCAGAAUAUUGAGCUUAAAUUUAACGUGACUAAUAAAAGUGACGAAAUGAUAUUCGCAUGUUCAUCCAUUGAGGCGUUAGAUGACGCUGAAGAAACAAACAGUCGGUCUGUUAAAAUAAAAGGCGCGAAACAAAAACAACUUGGAACAGACGAUCAGGAUUCGGAUACUAAAAAAUAUGGAAAAAGUCCAAAAUUUGAUGACAAACUAGAUAACGCAAGUUUCUUUAACACAACUCGCGAAAAUAACUUAUCACUAAAUAUACCGAAAGUCACUCAGUUGGAGAACGCGGCUUGUAAACACUGGCAAAUUCAAGACAGUUAUACAGAAAACAACACAAACAAGAAGAAUAAUAAUGAUGGAAUAGUAUUUAAUACUUUAGAAGGUUUUAUUCCCAAAUCUGAUACUUCUACGCCAUGUAAAAAUGAUAAUUUAUGGUUCCUGGAGCAACCAGGACCUAGUGAUAAAAAAUGUGAUGAAGAUUAUUGUACCUAUUCCAGUAGUGAUAAAAAAUUUUUACACGAUCGCGAUAUGGUGAUAAAAAAUAGUAAAGUACACAAAAAGCUUGAGUUUAUUCCCGAUGAAAUUGGCGAAAAUCUCCAUGUAGAAAAUGAUUACACUAUUGAUAAUGAAGAAUAUCUACAAGAUGAAGACAUGACUAUCAAAGAUGAUAAAAUGCUGGAAAAAGUUGAAUUCACUCCUGGCGACGUGGGCAGAAUGUUGAAUAUAGGAAACGCUUUGGAAUUCCCUCGAUCUCUCAGCCAAUCAACUGAUUAUUUAAAACUUGUGACGUUGCAUCUUCCAAUCAUCCUCCGACUCACUGUUAAUUGUCCGUUCAAAAAUGUCAGGAUAAAGUGCAUGGAAAUUCUUCAAAUGAUCAAGGAACACGAGUUAUCAAUUCCCAUACCAACUUACAAUGGACCCAGCGCAUUUAUUCCCAGCACAGAGAUUCCAGACAUCUCUGACCUCGAUGAAAGGACUCACGGGUACUUUGUGGAAACUUUUUUACAGACGACUCGGGUGGAUCAUAUUUCACGAGUAAUGUCAUCGCAUCCUUCGUAUCUAGAUAAUUUUCUUAAAACUCAACAAUUUAUUCUACGGGGUGAUGGUCCACUGCCCUUUGUCUAUCGUCAUUUAAUUGCCAUCAUGGCUGCUGGUAGACAUCAAUGCAGUUAUUUAAUAAAUUUACAAAAAGGGGAAUUUCUUCUUCAAGGCGGUGAUGCCGCUUGGUUACAGGGAUUAAAAUAUAUUCCACAAAAGUUGCAAAAUCUUUAUGACAUAAAUAAAAUUCUUGCGCACAGGCCAUGGUUAUUAACUAAAGCUCACAUAGAGAAAAUGACCAAAGGCACAGACAGUUGGUCUCUUUCUGAACUUGUUCAUGCAAUAGUUUUAUUGGCUCACUUUCAUUCUUUGUCGUCAUUUGUAUUUUCUUGUGGAAUUAAUGAAGAACUUGACUUGGUUGCUAACUGUCAGGGCAAAGAAAAUAUUCAAGCCAAUAGCAAUAAUGUAUCAUCUGCCAAAGAAAAUAUGGUCAAAAGUCCAAAAAAGAUUUCAAGUAGUGAUAGCACGACUGAUAAAGUGCAUUCGCCACCUCCUUCACCAAGUAUAGUCGGUGAACAAGAAGUUGGGGUUGUAACGUUAAUGGAACGAAUGAGAUAUUUGUCGGAAAACUCAAUAUCUACACUUCCACAAGAAGAGCUGUCAAAAAGAUUCAAAUCUGUUGAAACACAAUCUGCUGAACUAGAACCAGCUCAAGAAAGAUCAAGUCCGCCUAUUAAUUCCGACAUUGAACCUUUUGUUAGAGAACCUGAGUACAUAUAUCAAGACUUUGCCAAGCGAGGUCAAGUCAACGAUAUUCCCACGUUCCGAACCCAAGAUUAUUCAUGGGACGUUCAUGGUUUUUCUCUCGUAAGUCGUCUUUAUAACGAAGUGGGAGGACUUUUAGAUGAAAAAUUCAAAACAGCUGCUACUCUUACGUAUUACACGAUGGGUACUCAUGAUAAAGUUGAUACUUCACACUUCAGACGCGCGAUAUGGAAUUAUAUUCAAUGUAUGUUCGGUAUCCGACAUGAUGAUUAUGAUUACAAUGCCGUCAAUCAACUUCUUGAACGCAGUCUGAAGACGUUCAUCAAAAAUGCUGUCUGUUAUCCUGAACGUGUUACGAAGAGAGAUUACGACAGAGUUAUGAAAGAGUUUAAACAUAGUGAGAAGGUUCAUGUGAAUUUGAUGAUUCUUGAAGCCCGUAUGCAAGCAGAAUUACUGUACGCCCUGCGUGCAAUAAUGCAAUUUAUGACCUAAUUAUAAUUUCUACCUGUGUCUACCUGAAAACUGGUCAGUUCGAUUAUUUAAAUAAUAAUGUAUUAUUGCCAAUAGCUUCGAAAUACUUUACACAGUAAAAGCUCUGACGAUCAUUCAAUGUGAAACAAAAACAAAUUACUCAGGUAAUUUUUAACGAAGCUACGCUACAAAGUUGACACAAAUGAUGACAUCAUUUAUCCAUUUUAAAUAUUUAUAGAUAAUAAAUAUUAUUAAGAUUCAGUUUAAUGGAAUUAAAAAUAAAUUUUUGUAUCAUCGAUUAUUAAAUUAUUAAUUUAAGGAUCAUCUCCACAGUAAACUAAAGUCUUUAUAAAAUGAACGUUAAUUCACAUCACGAUUUCUCUUAUCGCAAGACUAUAAAAUUUUGAGAAAUGUAAAAAAAUAAUUUAUAUAAAUUUAAUAUUUAUUUUUUUGAAAUACAAAAAUUUUUUUUAAUUCCAGUAGACCGUAAUUUUUUUUUUAUUUUAACAGUUUGUCUGACAUUUUCUUGUAAUGAUUCAUAUACUUUAUUUAUAAAUAUAUGUUAUUUUACACCCGGGAAAAAUAAUUUAGAUCUACGGAGGGUAAAACUAAAAAAAAUAAUUAUCAAACUGUUAGAAUACAAAAUUUUAUUUAAAAGAUUUCGAGGUUUUGUGGAAAAAAUUUUGGAAAAAUUUUAGGUCUAAGAUCAGUCGAUAUCGAUGUAAAUUUUAAAUUUGAAAAAUUAGAUCUAUGAUCUAAUGAGAUCUCAUUAUUUCUAAAUUAUUUUUUGUUUCUGGGUUGGAUUAAUUUUGAAGGCAGAAUUUAUUAUUGAUAAGAAAAAAUGACAGCAGUCUUUUUUACCCGUGUAAAAAAAAGCCGUUCCAAAAACGCCAUGACAGUGAACUUGAAAAAUUAAGAAAAUUCUGAACAUUUUUGGAAUUUUGAAAAAUUCUUUUUUCAUUUUUUUAGCAAAAAUAAUUUGAGUUGACAAUUUUUUGGGUUUGAAGAAUAAAAAAUAUGAAACGAAUUACUUAGGAAGUAUGAACAUUAGCGACUCAUACGAGAAUUAUUCAGGUAUGAGGCAAAAAAAAAAAAAAAAAAAUGAUUUGAAAAUAUUAUGAAAAUUCUUUUACUUCUAUUAGAACUUUUUGAGAAGCUCAGUUUUUUUGACACUUUUUGACUCGUUCAAAAAUAGUCUAAAAAAUGAGUAACUGGAACUAAUUGUAAACUUUUAAUGAGCUCACAAAAUUAGCAAUUCAAAUUAAUUUCACUUUAAAAAUUCAAAAAAAAACAGAAACCCGUAAGAAAUGUUCGGACUAUUUGAAAAUUUUUCAUACUCGUGAUUAAGUUUACGAUUCAAAAAUUUUUAACUCAAAGUGAAGAAUUUCUCUGGCGGAUCCAAAUUACGGUAAACUAUGGUAAUAACCGUAAUUUACGGUAUGUGGACGAAUUACGGUAUUUAAGGUGAAAAUAUCGCAAUUUACCGUAAAAAUGCCACACUAGAGGUAAAAACGGUAAUUUACGGAAAGUAUGCGGCUUUCUGCGGCAAAAAUGCGGUAUUUUAUGGUAAACGUACAGCAUUUUUGCCGUAAAUUUGCAGUGAGAAUGGUAAUUUACCGUAAAAUAAAGUAUUUUGCUCCCUAGUGGGUCUAAAUUACCGCAAACUACGGCACCAUGCGAUAUUUUUGCGGUAAUUUAUGGUAAACAUGCCGCAUUUUACCGCAAAUUAUGGAAAUGUGUCGUGUUAUGUCGUAAACUUCCACAAAUUACCGUAAAAUAUGGCAAAUUUGCAGUUAAUUGCGGUAAUUUAUGGCAAACACGCGCCAUUCUACGGCCAAACUACGGUAUUUUACGGUAAGCAUACACUAUUUUUACUGUAAAUUCGCAGUAAGAGAAUAGUAAUUUACCGUAAAGUGGAAAAUUUCGCUCCCCAGUGGAUCUGAAUUACGGUAAAAUACGGCAGUGACAUCAAAAUCACGGCAAUGUGUCGUGUUAUGCCGUAAAUUGCCACAACUUACCGUAAAAAAGUGGCAAAUUUGCAGUAAAUUACGGUAUUUUACGGUAAAGUACCGUAAUUCGGACCUGCUAGGGCUGUAAAAAUAAAAAAUCUACGUAGCUUAUGGUCAAAGUCUUAAGAAGUGGUGUAAUUUUACCGCAAUUUACCGUAAACAUUCCGUAAAUUACUUAAUUGUGACAAAAUUACCGUAAAAUUUCCGUAAUUUGCGGGAAAUUUGGUAAAUUACCGUAAAAUUUCCGUAAGUUACUCAAAUUGUGACAAAAUUACUGCAAAAAUGCCGUAAUUUAGGGAAAUUACCGUAAAAAUUCCGUAAUUUACGGGAAAUUUGGUAAAUUACCGCAAAAGUUCCGUAAAUUACUUAAAUUAUGACAAAAUUACUGUAAAAUGACGUAAUUUAUAGGAAAUUUGGUAAAUUGCCGUAAAAAUACCGUAAUUUACGGGAAAUUUGGUAAAUUACUAUAAUUUGGAACUGGUAGGUUGUCUAAAUUUCUCAAAUUCACUGUCGAAAUAAUUGAGGAACGAUUUUUUUUACUACGGUUAUAAAUAUAUUUCAAAUAAAAAAAUUGUUUGAUGCCUUAAAAAGAACAAUGGGGCUCUAACGAAAUUGUAAAUAAAAAAAAUAUGUAUUAUUAAAUUUUUAGCGUAUCCCUAUCAGAAUUUUAUUGAGCUGUUCUUGUCGUGAUUUAUAUUAAUGAUUAAUCAUAAAUUUUAAAUUAAUAAUUAAUCGAUUAAUUCAUUGUAAAUAUGGGAUUUUUUUUCUUUCUUUACAGUGGAUUUAAUGUGUAUAUAAACUAUUUUACGAUGAAUAUUUUUUACUUUACAAUGAGAAAAUUAAUUAAUUCUAAAAAUAAAAAAAAAUCUAUAAGAAAAUAAUAAAUUAUAAAAAUAUCGCAUUUUAAAAAAAUGCAAAAUUAAAUAAGAUUUAGUUAUUAGAAUUUUUUUUCUUCAUAAUCAAACGUUGAACAGCAACAUUGAUAGUUUACACAAAUAAAUUAAAGUAAAUUCGAUAUAUUAUUGCAGUCUGUUAUUAAUAUAAUGAUACUUACUAAAUGAAUCGGAAAAUGAAUACUAAUUAAUAUAUACUGUGAUUGAAAAAACCACCGAAAAUAUAUAAAAUAAUAAUUUCAAAGCAACAGAUCAAUAACGUAGCAGUUCAACGAAUAUCUAUGCCUUUGAUAUUUAAAUUCAUAUAAAUUGAAUACAGAGUAAGAAAGUAUACCUACAUAAAUAUGUAAAGAAAACUAUGAACUCACAGUAAAAAAUAUUGUGUUAAAAUAUGACACUGAAUUUAGUCGAGGUCUAAUAAUUUUUUGAUUUUUGAAAAAAAGAAUACUUUUAAAAAUUGCACUUGUAGUUUUUUUUUAUUUUCUACACGUGCAUUUUUUUUUUUUUUAAUUGAUUUGUUGAAAAAAAAUCAGAUAGUUUCUCAUUGUCUGUUAACUACAGGAUCAUGUAAAAAUCAACACAAUUUGUGUUAAAAACGGUCUGCACAAUCUUUGUAUUAUUUUUUAACACAGACUAUUUGUGUUGAAUUCAAACAGAAAACUUGUGUUAAAAUCUCAUCUCGAAAUUGGGGUAAGACGAGAAGUGAAUGCAACACUUUUUAAAUGUCAGUAGGGGCACAACACGAAUUUUAACUUUUACAUUUUAUUUUUUCACCCUAGUGGAUCCAAAUCACGGUAAAUUGCCGUAUUUGACUACAAAUUUGCCGCAAUUUACGGUAAUUUUCGGCUAAUUUUGGUAGAAUAAGCAACUUACGGUAAUUUACAGUAAUAAAAUACAGUAAUUUACGACAGCUUGUGGUAGCUUACGGUAAUUUACCGCAAUUCCAUCGCACUUUUACCGUAAAAUACCGCUGGGUCGCCGCAAAUUAACGGUGAUUUACAAUACCUUUGUCGUAAAAUACCGUAAUUUACCGCGAAAUGCCGUAACUUUUCGCAAAAUAUUGUAUUUUACCUCAAAAUACUGUAAUUUCGGUAAAGAUACAACAUUUUAUCGUAAUUUUGAACACCGUUAAUUACAUAAAUAUUUAGCAAAUAUAAUUUAUAUAUUAGUUUGAGGUUAUCAUUAGUGAAAACAAUCAUUGUUCAACAUUAAGGUGCCGUGACUGGUUACCCUCGAACAAAAUAACCUAGAUCAAAACAGCCGUAAAACAAAAUAACCUGGAAAAAAAUAGCUUUGUUAUAGUCGUCUCGAUGAAAGCUUGGGAUUUUUUUCCCACCAGUUCUUUCCCCUACUACCAUGAUGUUAGAAUGAGCGCAUGCGCCAUUUGAAUUUGCGCAUGUGCAAAGCUACCAAAACCAAUAUUUGAAAGGUGGGGGAAGAAACUGUGGAGGGGAAAAAAUCCCAAGCCUUUAUAAAAUAACCAGAUCAACAAUAACCUCAAAAAAUUCACAUAGAUCUAUAACGAUAAAAUUUGUACGUGAAGGUUAAUGUUGUUCAGAUUAUUUAGUAGCAAAGUUAUUUUUAUCUAGGUUAUGUUGUUACGAGGAUAUUCUAGUCCAGGUUAUUUUGUCGGGGUAAUUUGUUACGGAACCCAACAUUAACCUAUUUUUUGACAGUUAACAAUGUUCUCAUUAGAGUCAAGAUUUGAAAAAGUCACGUAAUAUUUCAUAGCAGGCAAAUAGUAAAUUAAUUAACUUUAAAAAAAAAAAAAAAAAAAAAAAACACAUUUUUACUUAGCGAAAAAAUAAUUUUAACAUUUCAUCAAAUAAUUCGAAAUUAGAACUAAAUAUUUUUUAUUAGAAUGACAAAAAUUCCAGCUUUUAGUAAACAGUAAAUUUAAUACAUUACUAAUUAAAAUUUUUAGGUUAAAUUGACAUUCAUAAAAUGUAAUUUUCACUUUCAUUUUUUGAAUACUUUUUCCGUGACUAUCGAUUGAGUUUUUAACAUAAAUUUUGUGUUAAUUUUUUCGUAACACUUAAUAAAUGUUGAUAAUUAAAAUUUUCGUACUUUCACACUUCUAAAGUGUUAAACAGUAAAUCGAUUUAAAAAUUUUAAAGUAACACAGUGAACUGUGUUGAUUUAACACAGACCGUUUUUAACACAGAUACACAAUAUUUUUUACCUUACAGUGAUGACUGAUAGAUUGAAUCAUAACACGAAUUAUAAACUGAUACUUUAUAUAAAUUGUGACAUGCGUAUGCGCGCGAAUAAUUAAAUUGCUUUAAAACCUAACUCUACUUAUAAAAAAAUUUCGGGAGCAAAAUAAUCUAUUAUCUAUCAAGAGACCAAUAGUUGACGUUUAAAAGAAACAAUCUUGUCAUUAAUGGAUUAUUAAUUAAAAUUAUCAUCUAGUUGAAUAAAUAAAAUAAAUAUAUGACAUUUAACACGCGGCACAAAGCAUACACACUAUUCGAUAAAUAAAUAAUGCUUGAGAUUUCUUAGCUUCAAUAAACUUAUCGAAUCUUACGUCUUUCAAAUUCAUUAAUAAUAAUUAUAAAAAUUAACAAUUAACAGUUGGAAGGAAAUAAAAUGUUACGAUAUAGUAAAUUUUAUUAGCAAACUCCAAAAAGAAGCUGUGUAACAGAAUAACGACAAAAAAAAACGUUAACACUUUGUAGAUAUAUGUGAAUUAAUUGUUAGGAGUUUGUCUCAUUAUAUAUUGACAUAUCAGACAGAAUUAUGGAUCAGUGACAUUUUGAAUGCUAAUUGUAGAGUUACUUCUUGAGUCUAGAUUACGAAUGACGAAUAUCUAAUAUAUUUAAAUCUUUCGAAAAAAAAUUAUCAUGUAAAUCCGAAACACAGUAUUCAGUGAUCGAAAAUAUGAACCUAUUUAGAUACCAUAUAAUCAUUUUUCUCUGUCCUUUUUUAUUUCAAUUUCGAUGAAUAAAAAAAAAAUAAACUUUUGAUAUUAAAUUUUUAAAACAGAGAAUAUGAGUAAUUGAUUAUAAAUUCGAAUAUUUUUUUAUUUUAUUUGGAAGCUUAUUAUUUAAAUAAUUUAAAUCAUGAAUAUUUAGUAGGAUAAUUAAUAACAUGAUUGAAUAAUUGAAGCGGUUUAUAGACUGGCAUUUUGUUGAAAAAAAAUUAUUCAUCACUUUUUUUAUAUAAUCAUUAGAGACUUCAUUUAUUUUUGUUAUUUUUGAUUUAAUUCAUAUAUAUAUAUAUAUAUAUAUAUAUAUAUAUAUAUAUAUAUUAGGGCUGUGCGAAACCUGUUCAAAUCGAACCGAAUUCUUAAAGAAGAACUUUUACGAAUAAUUUGAAAUUUUCAAAAACUUACAAAUAGUUGGGAAAGUUUCGAACAUCUCGAAUGCUUACAAAUAAUUUGUAGGUAUUAGAAAUAUUCGAAACUUUCCCAAUUAUUUUUAAGUAUUCGAAAUAUUUCGAAUACUUACGAAUAAUUUGUAAAGUUUCGAACUAUUCGAACCUUUACGAGUAAUUCGAAAUUUUUUAAAUAUUUUGAAUACUUACAAGUAAUUGGGAAAGUUUCGAAUAUCUCGAAUACUUAUGAAUAAUUCGGAAGGUUUCAAAUAUCUCAAAUGCUUACGAAUAAUUCUUAAGUAUUCGAAAUAUUCGAACCUUUACGAAUAAUUUGAAAAUUUUCAAAUAUUUUGAACACUUUCAAACAAUCGGGAAAAUUUCGAAUUAUUCGAAUACUUACGAAUAAUUCGGAAGGUUUCAAAUGUCUCAAAUGCUUACGAAUAAUUCGUAGGUAUUCGAAAUAUUUGAAACUUUCCUAAUUAUUUCUAAGUAUUUGAGAUAUUUCGAAUUCUUACGGAUAAUUCGUAAAGUUUCGAAUUAUUCGAACCUUUACGAGUAAUUCGAAUUUUUUUAAAUAUUCCGAAUACUCACAAAUAAUUGGGAAAGUUUCGAACAUUUACGAAUAAUUCGGAAAAUUUCCAAAUAUUCGAAACUUUCCCAAUUAUUUGUAAUUAUUCGAAAUUUUCCGAAUAUUUACGAAUAAUUAGUAAAGUUUCGAAAUAUUCGAACCUCUACGAAUAAUUUGAAAAUUUUCAAAUAUUUUGAACACUUACAAACAAUCGGGAAAAUUUCGAAUUAUUCGAAUACUUACGAAUAAUUCGGAAGGUUUCAAAUAUCUCAAAUGAUUACGAAUAAUUCGUAGGUAUUCGAAAUAUUUGAAACUUUCCUAAUUAUUUGUAAGUAUUUGAGAUAUUUCGAAUGCUUACGGAUAAUUCGUAGAGUUUCGAAAUAUUCGAACCUUUACAAAUAAUUCGAAUUUUUUUAAAUAUUCUGAAUACUCACAAAUAAUUGGGAAAGUUUCGAACAUUUACGAAUAAUUGAAAAAUUUUCAAAUAUUCGAAACUUUCCCAAUUAUUUGUAAUUAUUCAAAAUUUUCCGAAUAUUUACGAAUAAUUAGUAAAGUUUCGAAUUAUUCGAACCUUUACGAAUAAUUCGAAGAUUUUCAAAUAUUUUGAAUACCUACGAAUAAUUGGGAAAGUUUCGAACAUUUACGAAUAAUUCGGAAAAUUUCCAAAUAUUCGAAACUUUCCCAAUUAUUUGUAAUUAUUCGAAAUUUUCCGAAUAAUUAGUAAAGUUUCAAAUUAUUCGAACCUUUACGAAUAAUUCGAAGAUUUUCAAAUAUUUUGAAUACCUACGAAUAAUUGGGAAAGUUUCGAAUAUUUCCGAAUAAUUCAUAAGUUUGAACAAUUUGCACACCCAUAAAAAAAUAUAUAUAUAUUUAUAUAAUUCUACUGAAACAAAUUACGCAUCAUUUAGAUUUUUUUUUUAAUUUAGCCCUUAUAUUAAUAUUACAUUAAUUAUUAUUAUUAUUAAUAAUAUUAUAAUUUUUUAUUUUAAGUAAUUUUUUUUUUUGGUACAAAACAGUCCCUUAUUGGCAGUUUGUCGAGCUCCUGCGGAGAAUUCGCAGGACAUAUUUAUAAUAUAGGAAAUAUGAACAUGAGUACGUGGAUUUAUGGUAACACUUAUAAUAAAUAUGAUAAAUAUAUAUAUAUUUAUUUAUAUUAAGUAAUACCAUAAGACUUCGUGAAAUGAUCUCUUAGAGGGACUGAAUCGACAAAAAAAAACUGUUAUUGCAACACCGAUUUCUUACAUUUGUAGAUUUUUCUUUUAAUUAUCAUAACUACUAUUAAAUAUAUAAAGCAAGUAAUGUUUUUUUUUUCGUUAAUAUUAACGAAAAUUUUAAUAAAAAACUACAAAGACGUGAUUGAAAAACUAAAAGUAAGAAAAAUGAAUAAUGCGUAUCGAUAAAAUAAUAUGAGCGAGUCGUUGAAUUUAAAAUGUCAAAAGUAUAAAUUUAUAAAUCACUAUUAUUUGUAAUAAUUAAUAAGUAUAAUAAUAUAUUAUUAUCACAACUAUGAACGUUAAUAAUGAAGAUAAAUAUUUCAAUGGUGAUUAAAAUACAUUGAUAUAUUAUUUUGCUUAAUGUAAUUAAUAAAUAUAUGAUAUAAAAUAUUAUAUAAAUAAGACACAAUAACAAUAUGUCUGUAGUUAUUUAAAAUACAGACGGAUAAAAAAGAUUGCGUUAAUAUUUUUAUGGGGUCCAUCCAUAUUUAUAUAUUCGAAAUAUUGUUUAAAUAUUUUUUUCUUGUACUUUGUUCUGAGUAAUGAGUGUUUAAUAAUAAUAAAAUACACGGAGAAAUGUCAAGUAAAUAUGCCUAUGCCGCGUAGUAAAGGUUACGUUACUCUACAGUUUAUGUCACGCCGCUCUAAUGUGGCUGCUUACACAAACUAUAGAGAUGUAAUUAUUACUAUUGUCAUCCCAACACGAGAUUGGACCUCGGGUAUCUUCGGUUUUUACUCCCACUCUGUGCGCAUGCGCAGUUCAUAAAUGUUCGGUAGUGGGGGCAAUUUCCGAGGUCUAUUCUCGUACUGGGACCACAAUAUGCUAUAGGCAUCUUUACUUGACACCUCUCCGUGUAAAAACAAAAAAAAAAUGCAUGGAUAAGAAGUAUAAGUCAGAAUGUUAAUUAAAGAUUUGAAAAAAAAUUAGUUUAUUAGACAGUACAC